UCCGGAUCGAUCCAUUAAUAUCCUGCACUACUGCAGUGCUCUCAAAGGUCCAAACCCUAAAUUUUGAAAGCAAUCUAGCCUCUUCUCUCCAAAAGUCCAAAGUCGUCACGAUUCAGCGAUCAUCUUCACAAUUAUCAUCGUUCUUCAUUCAAUCACAGAUACACAACAAUCACCAAGACUCAAGAAGAAAAGAGACUUGUCUCUCUCCGCCGCGCUCCGAUUCUCCCACCCAAUCUCGGUUUACAUCACUCCAUACUCAAAUCACUUGCUCAUAUCUACAUCUAUUCAAAAUUAGGUUGAAGUGUUGAUGAAGGGCUUGUAGAUGAUAUUCAAGUUUUGAUUUUUAACUCUUGGUGGUAGCAACUUAUAGCCAUUUUUGUCUGACUGAAUUAUUAUAAGUUAUCUGUUCUAGCCAUGGCGGAUUUUUUAACUUCUACGCACCGGGCGAAGUGGAUCUUCACUCCCCAUGAAUUGAAAGAUAAGUAUAAGGCUGCUAAUCAUAGAGCAAAACAGAUGCUUGAGAAGUAUGGAGCAACAAGGGUGGAUGUUGAUCUUGAUGGCUCAUUGGCAUAUCCCGAGCUUCAAAGUGACGUAAAGGAAAACGCGGAGAAGCAUUCUCGUACAAAACCUCUUAAGAUAGACGAGGAACAACUUUUGCGUGCGUUUUACGAGUUCAAAAUUCAAGACGUGUGUGAUGCCUUCAAAUUCCCUCGGAAAAUACAGGCAACGGCUCUUAUAUAUUUCAAAAGGUUCUACCUACAAUGGUCAGUGAUGGAACAUCAUCCAAAAGACAUCAUGUUGACUUGCAUAUAUACAGCCUGUAAAGCAGAAGAAAACCACGUAUCAGCCGAAGAGCUUGGUAAGGGGAUCGAUCAGGAUCAUCAAGUGAUUCUCAAUAACGAGAUGAUUGUUCUACAGUCUCUCGGAUUUGAUCUUAUUGUCUAUUCACCCUACCGCUCCAUUGACGGUUUUAUCAACGAUAUGGAGGAUUUUAUCUACUCAAACAACGGUCAACUUCAAUAUCUGAAGGAUUUACACGAGACCGCUAAGAUGGUAGCUGAUAAGACGAUGCGAACAGAGGCGUCUCUUUUGUUUUCUCCUGGUCAGCUGGCGUUGGCUGCUCUGCGUAGAGCGAACGAGGAGUACCCGGUUGUUAACUUUGAAAGAUACCUGAACAGCGUUCUUUCUCGUCAGCAUCCAGCACGACCCGUUCCUGAGCUCACAAAAUAUCUAGAUGCUAUUGACCAGAUGGUAAAUAAUCUUGUUACACCUACUGCGGCGGAUAUGAAGCACAUUGACCGGAAGCUAAAAUAUUGUCGGGAUCCAGGAUCACAUGAAAAGAGUAAGAAACGAAAGCAUAGGUCAAAAGACUGACUAUCUGGAUGGAGCUUCAAAUUUUGGGUGCAGAGAAGGGUUAUCGAUUUUUUUUCCGUUAUACUAUUACUAUAGAGUAUGAUAUAUUUAUGUUUCAUCAUUUCUGAAAAGAGACUAUGAACCUUUUGUUUUGGGUUGGUAUGGUUUUUUUUUUCUUCUUUCAAGUAACCAAACAGCCUCCAGCCAGUGGCAAUUAUGCUGUUGGUUUCACUUAGAAAAAAAGUGCUAUUAUGUUAAUUGUUAAGAAUACUGCUGUUGUUUAAAUUCAAAGAACUUGAGCUCGAUUUUUUUCAAGCUUUAUGUCUAAAGCUCGAGCUUGGAUUAUUUAUUAAGAA